UUAGAGACAUCUGAAAGAUGAUUGAAAAAAUGGAAUGAAUUUUUCUCAGUUUGGAGAGUUACAGUUGUAAUGUCCAGGUGUGAAGUGGACAUGGGCAUAAUUUACUGUAACGUCCGGGCCCGGACAUAAAGUACAAUAACUUCAAUAGCAGUUAGAAGAUAUCAAUAGCAGAGUGUACAUACAAGUGCAUAGUGUGCUGAAAGGCACUGAGGGCAAAGGUGAACACGGUCAACUGUGCCUACGCCGAGACUGUGGUGGAACACAAAAAUACCAGAGAGUGUGUCCAGAUUGACCAUGGACAAGCAAGAAGGAAUGUACACCACACUGAUCCAGGAUGAGAGUAGUGCAGAAGUACCGACCCACAACUUAAACAUCGAGGGUAAUAACUACUUGUCCAUGUCCAAAGGGAGCGCGGAGCAUAAAGCAAGACGCUACCAAAUUGCCACAGGAAUUCUGGGCUUACUUUGUGCCAUCUUAAUGAUAGCCAUCAUAACCCUGUGUGUUCGUUACAAAGGUGAGGUCCUUCCCAGUGCUGAGCUGGAGAGCCUGAGAGCCAACUACAGCAAGCUGGAAGCAACCAUGAAUGAGCUGCGCCUGGACCACCAUGAUGUAAUUGAUACCGUAGUUGGCAUGGAACGAAGGAGACGUACAUUCACUGAAGAGAUUAAAGAAUUGCGCAGAGAGAAGGAAAAUCUGCAGGAGGAGAAGAGGAAGUUGCAGUUGCGCAUCACUGAGCAAGAGAGAAGCUGUGCAAUGUGCCCUGUGGGAUGGAGGCUGUCCAGUUCCAGGUGUUACUUCUUCUCUGCUUCGGAAGGUACUAGAAGGAAAAGCUGGCCCGAUGCACGUGCCGACUGCGUUGACCGUGGCGCUGACUUGGUGGAGGUAGAGAGCAAGGAGAAGCAGACGUACCUCAGCAGAGUAAUAGAAGGGAUAGAGCUGAGGGACCCCCAUGUCUGGCACCUCACAGGAUUUUGGAUGGGGCUCAGGGAUAUCCACACGGAGGGGGUCUGGAAGUGGCUGAAUGGAACUGAGCUGACUGUGGGGUACUGGAUGGACGGAGAGCCCAAUGACCAGUAUUCCACGGAAGACUGUGCAGCCACUUACCUGAAACCAAACCCGCUGAAAAGCUGGAACGAUGCUCCCUGUAGCACAAAGCUGUACUGGAUAUGUGAAAAAGGGCAAAAGAAGCCCUAGGUGGCUUUGGUUUUAAAGCAAAUGGAGAGUUACAUUUAUGAAAAAACCUCAGUUCCUAAAUGGGUUGUGUCUUGAACAUGGCAGUAAACAUUGUGUUGAACAAUGGGCUUCAGCAGGAGUCAAAUGUAAGCCAGUAAUUUGAACUAUAUCAUAUGUGACAAUUAAAACAUGGAUGGAAUAUUGCUGAUCACAAAAAUUUAAUAUAAUUUAUACAUUCUAUAUAUAAAUCCUGACAUCUGCAUACAACAAGUGGGUGAGGAGCCAUAAAGAUAAGGUUCAGCACAUUAAGUAUUCAAACACUGAACUAUUGCAGUAAACACACGCUGAAGCAACAUUUGAGCGCCGGACACACACACACACACACACACAUUUUCAGAACCGCUUGUC